CUCUUGUCUCAAGUCUAUUCUAAGAUAGAUACCUAUUAUCUUAUCAUCUUUACAUAAUAAGCAUUCUGAUAACUUUAUAGUUUGCUAGAAUGCCUUGAUUAUGAAUAUAGAAUGGUCUAUAAGUUGUUAUGAUAAGCACUGCAACAAUUUAAACAAAUUAAUAAUUACUUAAAAUGAAUAACAACUUUUACUAAGAAUUUACUUCAAAAAGAGUUAAAGAAAGAAGCAUAGGAGAUGCAUACUAUAGAGUACAAUAAUGGAGAUAUUUUUUCAGAAAUGGAAUUCAAGAAAAUGGAAUUUUUAAAAAGAUUACUUUAAAAGAGGCAGCUGAUAUAGUGAAAGUGCCUAAAAAGACUUUAGAGGAUUACAUAUAAAUUUUUAAUAAAGUUGAGUUGAUCAUCAAUAUUGAAGAGAUAGCUGAAAAGAAGAUGGGAUACUUAAGAUCGUUUAUGAAAAAAAAUAAAUCAAAAAUUAGGAAAGAAAUUGCUCUUCGUAGGUAAAAAAAACUUGAAGAAAAUUUAAAAAACAAAGAAGCUUCAAAUAAUAUUUAACCUAUUUAAAGUGAAGAUGAAUAAUAAACUAAUCAUUAUCCAAAUAUUGAUAUUCUAUCUAUAAAUAUUGAGGAAGAAACUUAUGAAGACGAAUAUAGUAACUUUAUUUUUAAUAAACUAACAUCUAAGUGCACACUUGAUUGA